UCUGGUAACACCGAAUUGCGACAACUGGAUAUUUUUUAAAUUCCAAUCGGUCGUGCUGCUGCGCUGGUGGCUCUAAACGAGAAAUACACAUAUAUUUUUUUUGUUAGCGCCUUGCUGAUAAUUGUUGCUGCGCAACUGUGACAACUAAUUUGAUGCCCUCCAUUGUUAACACGCCCCCCGCAAAGCAGUGAUUGCAAAAUAAUCGUAAUCGAAAGAGGAGUGAGAAGAGGAGGGAAGUCCAACAAGUGCGCUUACACACACAGUCGCAUCGAAAGAAUCGCGAGUGUUUUUUUUUGCACCAAUUGAAAGUGAAUUGCAAGUGAAAAUAGACUCAACGAACGGGCAAACAACAAAAAGUGGAACAAUUUCAGCAAAUUGUUGCACACGAAAAUAACAAACAGCUGUCUGCCUGUUUGUUUGUUUUUGUUGCCGCCGCUGCGUGGGAGAGCAAGAGGAGGGAGAGAGCGGUAGCCGCUGCAUCUGCAACAUCUGCUGAGAGUGAAAGCGAGCAAGAGACAGCGACAUCAUGACCGACCUCAACGAAUUAAUGGGUUCCCCGUUUGUGCGUGUGAAGCUGGUGGCCUUUGUGCACUUCUUCUUCAUCUCGAAUGCGAUGCUGGGGAGCUGGGGCCACGGGGCGUAUGAGUUCUACAACUUUCUGUUCCUGAUCGCCAUGUUUUGGACGAUGCACAGCAAGGACUCCAUCGAGGCGGUUCAAUCGGCGCUCGUCAUCAACGCUUCUAGCAUUUUCUUUGAUAUAGUCAGCAUCGCUCUGCAUUAUGGCAUCAUGAAUGGCUGGGCCGUGGCAUUUAGCAUUAUCAACUUGAUCCUGCGGCCGGUGAGCGUGGCCCUGCUCUACCGGGAGUUCAACACCCGCGGCGGCACUUUGCAGACAGGAUCGGUCUUCCCAACAAGUCAGCAGAGGAGCUACCAGGACAUCGAUCGACCGACGCAGCCAACACCGACCAAUUCGCAGCCCGGUCCGAAUGUGGCCAGCAUCUUCUAGGCUCCCCAGGCUCUCCACAAUGUCCUUCCUUCCAAUUGCCCCACAGCAGGAUAAUCCGCAGCAGGAUAUCCGGACAUCACAACGAAACCAUUAGACAGCGGAUCGAUCAAGCAGAGGAUCCCCCAAAAUGGAACAGCAAAGACGACCCUUUUAGAAAGACUCCACUAGUCAGUGUGUUGCUGCCUGCUAAAAAUCUAAAAUCUAAAACCUAAAACUAAAAACUAAAAACAAAAUUCCCCGUGAAAGCGAAUCUAAAUUUUACAUGUAUACAUAAAUCUAAAGUGUGUGUUUUUUUGGCCCAUUUUUUUUUCUCGAACGUUGUUUGUUAGUGCAUUAUUGUGAGAAAGAGAAAGACAACGAUUAAGAUUAAGCAUUGUAGUUAAAUAUGAACUUAAAUCGGAACUUCAAAAAAAAAAAAAGAAAAGAAAACUGUGUGCGUGUUUUCCUUGUCCCAUAUAUACAAACGUUUUUUUUUACCUUGUUAACGAAUAAAGACGGCUAAUCAAGUAAAUGAUACAUAUAUAUAUAUAUUUAUAUUUAUAUUCGUAUUUGUAUAACAAAGAUUGCAAUUCUACUUUAUACUUAUCCUAGAUAACGGUAACGUUAACGCUAAUUGUAAACUGUAAACUGUAAACCCAACAGAAUAUUCGACAAAAAUAAAAAGCGGGCGUCAUCGUUUGUAAAACAAUAAA